AUGCAGGCCCUGCCCGAUGUGAACGUCACGAUCAUUGCUGAUCGCUUUGGAGCUGAAACUACCAGCGAUGGCGCUGCUGGCUUGUGGGAGGACCUGUAUUUCUCUGAGCAUGCAUCUGGAGCUGGAGUCACCACGGUGGCCGCCUAUCAACUAUGGUCAGAGCCACAUGAAGAUCCUGCUUGGAAGGAGCUGCAACACUUCAGCCUGGUUGUGAAUUGCACGGGCAUUGGAGCAGCACGAUUAUUUGGGGACACAGAAAUGUACCCUGUCCGGGGCCAUGUGAUUCGAGUGCGAGCGCCCUGGAUAAAAUCCAACUAUUUCUUGGACGAGUGCAACUACAUCAUCCCACAGACCAACACUGUGGUACUUGGCGGCACUGCACAGCGAGGAGAUGCAGACUGCGCUCCCAGAGAGGAGGACCGGCAGCACAUCUGGCAGGGCUGCCUGCGCAUAAUGCCCAGCCUGGCACAGGCCAAGCCGGAGAUGGAGUGGGUGGGGCUUCGACCAGGCCGCAAGAGUGUGCGCCUGGAGUUUGAGGAGAUUGAUUUGGAGGGAGGAGAAAAGUUGAGAGUUGCCAUGGGGGAGGAGGAGUGA